AGCGAUCCGUGCACAGAAUUGGAUGUUGGUGGGAGGAGGACCAGCGGAAAUAGAGGAGGGGACUGAUAGCAUGAGAGAGAGAGAGAGAGAGAGAAAGAAAGGGGGAGACAGAAGGAAAACAUUACUCGCUUCUUUUCUUCUCCGAGUUUGAGGACUUUUCCUGGUUAUCUGGCCAGAUAUCCUACUGCAGCCCAAGAACAGCCACGGCCGAUAUGAUAGACAGAUAACAGAGAAGGAAAGGAAAUAUGUCUUUCUUUGGUCUCGAUUUCGUCAAGAAGAAAGAAAGGGAGGUGGAGAGAAAACUGCGGGCCAAUGACCGAGAGUACAACCUGUCUUUCAAAUACGCUACAAACGCCAUCAAGACCUCCAAGUACAACGUGUUCACCUUUCUUCCCCUCAACCUUUUCGAGCAGUUCCAGCGGAUCGCGAAUGCCUACUUCCUGUUCCUGCUGGUGCUCCAGGUGAUACCUCAGAUUUCGUCUCUUUCCUGGUUCACCACAGUCGUCCCUCUGGUCCUCGUGCUGACGGUAACUGCUGCUAAGGAUGCCACUGAUGACAUUAAUCGACACAGGAGCGACAAUCAAGUCAACAACCGAAAAGUUGAAGUUCUCAUCAAUAGAAAACUGCAGAAUGAGAAAUGGAUGAACGUUCAGGUGGGAGACAUCAUCAAGCUGGAAAACAACCAGUUUGUCACCGCCGACCUCCUCCUGCUGUCCAGCAGUGAACCUCUCAACCUGGUCUACAUUGAGACGGCAGAGCUGGACGGUGAAACCAACCUGAAGGUGAGGCAGGCGCUGACAGUGACCGGAGACCUCGGCGGUGAGAUUGAGAAGCUUGCAGACUUCAAUGGUGAGGUCCACUGUGAGCCGCCCAACAACAGGCUGGACCGCUUCUCAGGAACACUCUCGUAUGCUGGUCAGAAGUACUCACUGGACAAUGAGAAGAUCUUACUGCGAGGCUGCACGCUGAGGAACACUGAGUGGUGCUUCGGACUGGUGCUUUUUGGAGGUCCAGAAACUAAGUUGAUGCAGAACUGUGGGAGGAGCACGUUCAAGAGGACCAGUGUGGACCGGCUGAUGAACGUCCUCGUCCUCUUUAUUUUUGGGUUCCUGGCCUUCAUGUGCACCAUCCUGGCCAUCGGAAACUACCUCUGGGAGCUGAAGGAGGGGUCAGAGUUCACCGUCUUCCUACCGAGGCAGGACAGAGAAGAAGCCGGCUUCUCUGCCUUCCUCACCUUCUGGUCCUACGUCAUCAUCCUCAACACUGUGGUGCCCAUCUCGCUCUACGUGAGCGUGGAGAUCAUCCGACUGGGCAACAGCUUCUACAUCGAGUGGGACAGGAGGAUGUACCACGCUCCUAAUGACACACCAGCCGAGGCUCGGACCACCACUCUGAAUGAAGAACUGGGCCAGAUUAAAUACGUGUUCAGUGACAAAACCGGCACGCUGACCCAGAAUAUCAUGACCUUCAAUAAAUGCUCCAUCAAUGGCAAAAUCUACGGCGACGUGUUCGACCACACUGGCCAAAGACUUGAAGUCAAUGAGCAUACGGAGACAGUGGAUUUCUCCUUCAAUCCUCUGGCGGACCCUCGAUUCUCCUUCUAUGAUCACGCCCUGGUGGAGGCAGUCAAGCUGGAGAACCCAGAAGUCCACGCUUUCUUCCGACUGUUGGCUCUCUGCCACACCGUCAUGGCUGAAGAAAAAAAGGAAGGCGAACUUUUCUACCAGGCUCAGUCUCCAGACGAGGGAGCGUUGGUCACGGCUGCCAGAAACUUUGGCUUUGUUUUCCGCUCCCGGACUCCAGAUAGCGUUUCUAUUGUGGAGAUGGGGAAACAGCGCAGCUAUGAGCUCCUGGCCAUCCUGGAUUUCAACAAUGUCCGCAAGAGAAUGUCAGUCAUUGUGCGGAGUCCGGAGGGAAAGUUGUCUCUGUACUGUAAAGGAGCCGACACCAUCGUCUACGAGAGACUUCACCAGUCAUGUAGCAAACUUAUGGAUGUCACCACAGAGCACUUGAACGAGUUUGCAGGCGAAGGUCUACGGACUCUGGCGUUGGCCUACAAAGAUCUGGACGAAGAUUACUUUAAACAGUGGAAUCAGCGCCACCAUGAGGCCAGCACAUCCCUGGAGGACCGUGAGAACAAACUGGACCAGUUGUAUGAGGAGAUCGAGAAAGACCUGCUGCUGCUCGGGGCAACUGCGAUAGAAGACAAGCUCCAAGACGGAGUCCCUCAGACCAUUGAGCAGCUUUCAAAGGCCGACAUCAAAAUCUGGGUUCUGACUGGUGACAAGCAAGAGACGGCAGAAAACAUCGGCUACUCCUGCAACUUACUUCGUGAAGAGAUGAACGAGGUUUUCAUCGUGUCUGGGAACUCGCCAGAGGAAGUCGAGCAGGAGCUGAGAAACGCACGAUCGCUCAUGAAACCGAAUGCCGCAGAGGACUCUGUGUUCCUGCCAGACGGUGUCCUGGGUAAAGGAGCGAUGAUGCUGUCGGACGAAGCGGCGAAUGGGGACUACGGCCUGGUCAUCAGUGGACACAGCCUGGCGUACGCUCUGGAGCGCGGCUUGGAGCUGGAGUUCCUGCAGACGGCAUGCAUGUGUAAGGCGGUGAUCUGCUGCCGGGUCACGCCGCUGCAGAAGGCUCAGGUGGUGGAGCUUGUCAAGAAGUACAAGCAGGCAGUCACUCUGGCCAUCGGAGAUGGCGCCAACGACGUCAGCAUGAUCAAAGUGGCUCACAUCGGCGUGGGCAUCUCUGGUCAGGAGGGCAUGCAGGCUGUCCUAUCCAGCGACUACUCUUUCGCCCAGUUCCGCUUCCUGCAGCGCCUCCUGCUGGUGCAUGGGCGCUGGUCCUACCUGCGCAUGUGCAAGUUCCUGCGCUAUUUCUUCUACAAGAACUUCACCUUCACCUUUGUCCAUUUUUGGUACGCUUUCUUCUGCGGCUUCUCUGCACAGACGGUUUAUGACGAGUGGUUCAUCACACUUUACAACCUGGUGUACACAGCGUUGCCAGUGCUGGGGAUGAGCCUGUUCGAUCAGGAUGUGAACGACGUGUGGAGUUUCCAGCACCCCCAGCUUUACGUUCCAGGCCAACUGAACCGCUACUUCAGUAAAACCACCUUCUUCAAGUGUGCACUCCACAGCUGCUACAGCUCCCUCGUCCUCUUCUUCAUCCCGUACGCGGCAGUCCAUGACACAGUGAGGGGCGACGGGAGGGAGGUGGCUGACUACCAGUCCUUCGCCCUGCUCACACAGACCUGCCUGCUCUUUGCAGUCACCAUUCAGCUGGGUCUGGAGAUGACCUACUGGACUGCCGUCAACACCAUCUUUGUGUUGGGGAGUCUGCUCAUGUACUUUGCCGUCACCUUCACCAUGUACAGUAACGGCUUGUUCCUCACUCUGCCUGCAGCGUUUCCCUUUGUUGGAACGGCGAGGAAUUCUCUGCACCAGCCCAACAUCUGGCUGACCAUCGUCAUCACCUCCAUCUUGUGUGUCCUCCCUGUGGUCACUUACCGCUUCCUGCUGCUACAGCUGUGUCCGACUAUUAACGACAAGGUCAUGUUCAAGGUGCGACAGGCCAAAGCGUCUCCUCCCCCUCCCCCGCGUCGCACACGCAUCCGCCGCACCAGCUCACGUCGAUCCGGAUAUGCCUUCUCUCACGCUCAGGGUUAUGGAGACCUGGUGACCUCCAGACGCUUCCUCCGACGCCCGGCGGUGUACCGCGCCUCAGGGUUCACCAACAUGGGUCGCAGCACCUCGGGAUUCAGCCCCAUGGGACGCUCAGCAGGGUACAGCCCCACAGGUCGCCUGCAGAACAUCAAAGUCCCAGAGGUGGAGGUGACUUCGCUGCAAAUGUUCAGAACCCUCAGCGACCCUGCUCUCUGACCCGUCACUGCCUGUCAUUUUUGAGCGAUUUCAAGUGUCAUGUUUACAGACGAAUGGGCUUUUCCAGAUCUUGGAAUCCACUGCAGCGUUCGUGCUAAAGGGAACACCAGUGAACCAAUGAGGAGUGGUGUGGACCAAAAGUGUCUUUUUAAACUGUUUCUUCACGUAAAGAAAAUCUCACCUCGCCGAUGUUCUUUUUACCUACACUAAAGUGUCGAGCUGUUACUCAGCAGAUCAAAACAGUGGCAUUGCUGUGGCUGGAAUCAAUAAAAUUCUCAACAUACACAGAUAAAACCUUAUAUUAAAUAACUUUACAUUAUGUAAUUCUAUCUGUUUUAUAACACAUGAGACUAAAAUAAAUAAACAUUUAUUCCGUGACUUUAAACAUGACAUAAAUAAUAGAAAAAAUCCUAGCUUGUCUAUUAAUCUGCCAUUUUUAAGCUGUUAAAGAUUUUGAAAUCAUCAUCACUAUUUCUCAUCAAUACGUGUAAAUGAACUGGCAUUCAACCCACAACUCUGGCCAGCUUUGACAAUCCAUCGAAGAAAGAAUGUACGUUAUAAUUAAGAAGUUUCAGCUUGAUUUGAGUCGUGAUGUUCGAAUUUCUAACUUGAAAUAUGCCUGUUAUUUAUGUGUGUUUCUUUAAGCGCUACUUGUCAACAUGAAAAGACCAUUCAGCUGUUUUGUAGACAGUGGGAUGAAACCAGCACAAGAUUCUUAGGACAAGAUGUGACAUGAGAAAUUGGGAAAAUGUCUCUAAACUUUCAUGUUAAUGCUGAAAAAAAUACAGAGGAAAGAGUCUCUGUGGUCCCUUUUCCAAUGUGGCCUGGUCAGUUAUUUAUUAUAUGUAAAGUCGACGUUCAACCACUUAAAAAUGGACCUGUGUACGUUUCUAUGCAGUUGAUGCUUCAUUGUAGUGAGCUUUUCUUGUGAGUCUUUCACUUUCCAGUUCAGUGAAUGGACACUUGGAGUUGACUGACAGCCUGGUUGGCCUCAGGGUCGUCACCUUCAACUGAGAGCUGAAACUUCCUGCUAUGCCCUUGCACUUUCAAUGUCCUUUUUCUGGAACAAUGCGUAAAAAUAUCUUGGUUUUAUUUCACGUCUGGGGAUUUUUGUGACACAUUUGAGCUACAAACCCAUUUGUUUCUUUUUUGCUGCAUGUGCACAAAUGUUUUAUCUCUUCGCUCUGUCCUGGUACUCUCAAAGAACGUAUUAUUUAUCAAUGUUUUGUAAUCGUUGAUUAUGUCAGUCUGGCCAUUGAAUGUGGAUUUUGAGAAGACAAAUGUUUUUUAAGUGGUUGGUAAUAUUUUUAUAUGCUUUUUUACCCUUUAAUUCAAAUUAAAAAUCUGAA